GCCUGAAUUUGUCACGGGGCCUGUAGAGCUUUCCUGAGAAACACACAAUGCUUAGGCAGCCAAAAAAAUCAUUCAGCCUGUAUGGACAAAAAGUACAGGCCACUGUUACAAUGGUGCUAGAACAAAGGCUCUACUUUCUGGAAGCCCUGGCCACCAUAAAGAGGCAUGUGAUAGAAGCUGUUGCUGUCUUGUUAAGUUAAAUAGAAGUGGUGUGCUUUUCAGCAAUGCCUCUGAGUGCAUAGUUGGUUUGUCAGAUACCAAAUCGGGAAAGAAAUGCCUCUGCCAAGACGCAGAUCGUCCAUCCUGGGCCAGGCUGGUGCAGAAAGACUAGAAAAUGUGAGCAGAAUGAGCACAGGCAAUACCACAACUCGUAGGAGCACGUUCAUGGGCUCAGCAACAUCUGACAGCACCAGCUACCUGGGGGCCCGUGUGUCCCGCAGGGCACUGGGCAUCAGCAGCAUCUUCCUGCAGGGCCUACACAGCACCAGUGCCCCAGUGCUGCCCAAGCAUGCAGAAAGGGGUCACCUGUUGGGUUCUGAAGGACUUAACAGCAGUCUGCUUGAGUACCGUGAAAAGGUACAUACACUUGAGCAACUCAAUCAGCAGCUGGAAGAACAGAUUCAUAACUACCUGGAUCGCAAGGCCUCCAGCCCCAAGAUGUGGGCCUCACUGAAGCAGGAAUGGGAGGACAUCUACAGACAGGUGAGCGAGGCCAUCCUGGACAAUGCUCGACUUGUACUUCAGACAGAGAACAUCCAGGCCAAUGCUGAAGAUCUUAAAGAGAGGUUUGAACAUGAGCAACCUUUCUGUAAAGCCAUAGAAGAGGAGAUCAGCUCCCUCUCUAAGGUGAUUGAUGAUGCCAACUUUAUGAAGGUGGAUCUGGAGAACCAAAUUGACAGCAUGAAUGCUGAGCUUCUAGAACUGACCAAAACUCACGAAGAGGAAGUGAGGCAGCUAUAUAACCAGUUGGCUAGCCAUGAGGGUGAUGAACCUGAUCUGCCUACUGAGACCAGCCUGGAACAGAUAUUGAAUUGUAUCCACUCCCACUGGGAAAAGGUCAUCGAGAAGACACGGGCAGAGACUGAUGCUUACAUAGAGUUCAAGAAGGAAGGCAAUGUCGACAAAAAGCUGAGUCGGGAGGAAAAAGAGCUGGAGAACCUGAAGACAGAAUGUACUGAUGCAAAUGCAAAGAUCCAGAGCCUGCAUGCUGAAACAGAGUCCAUGAGAGCACUGAAACGAGGGCUGGAGAAUUCCCUGAAUGAUGCAAAACACUGGCAUGACAUCGAGCUUCAGAACUUGGGCUCGGUCAUUGGGAAGCUAGAGGCAGAGCUCAAUGAUGUGCGUGGAGACAUUGAGCAACAACAGCGUGACAACGAGACACUUAUCAGCAAAAAAAAGAGGCUUGAAAUUGAGAUUGAAAUGUAUCAUGGGAUCCUGGAUGGAGAAGAGAACAGAUUUCAGCCAUCAGUGUCCCUGUGUGGUGGAGCAGAAGCUGUUGGAAGAACACAGCAUUCUCUUGAACAGCGGAAAGCUACAGAUACUUAUAGUACUGAAUGUACCUUUUGAAGCACUGUAUCAAAUCCAGCUAAGAGUACACUCUUGGAAAAAAAGGUUGAAACUUUGGUUGAAUUUUUACACCUUCAGUGUGAACUUUAUAAACUGUAAAGUGAACAACGAUACGAACAAUUUUCAGAGGAAUAAAAAAGGACAAAUAAAAAUAUUAAAAUAACAUACUUGCAUAAAUGUACAUACCCCUAAACUAAUACCUUUUUUUUUGUUAAAGAAACAUUUGAUGUUCUAUAAACUGACACCAUUCAGUCUGUUUGGGUAAAAAUAUAUAAUAACUACUCAAAGUUCACAAAAAAUUCUUCACAACAUUUUUGGUAAACAAAGAAUUGCAGUAAACUGUAAAUAAAUAAAUUAAAUAAAGAGGCAGUUAGCUAAAUUCAACAAUAAUAUUUUGAACUUAUUAACUUCCAGUAAUUAAUAAUUAACUUCUAUGCUACAAAUUCACUUAAUAUUUCUGGCAGUACAAUUGU